AUGCGUGUAUCUCUCAUAUCGCCUCGUAACCCCGAUAUCCUCCAUAACCAUCUCGUUGACGUUCACCCCGCUCUCUACUGCCCAUCCCCGAACUGCAAACGUCUCUUCGACUCCUCCAGCAACUUCAACGCCCACCGCAGGUCUCGCACCCACCGGCCUGCUAACGUUCCUUGCCCGAUGGUGGCGUGUCAUUCUUGCUUCGUUGACUGCUCCGGCGUCACUGUCCACCUCGAGCUCAGCGAGCGCCACGGACACACUGAUCGACACACGCUCAAUCGCCUCCUCUUCGCACUCGACCGCCUUGGGGUCGCUACCUCGGUGACGACCCCGUCGAGAGGAGAAGAGGCAGACGUGGUGUCGGUUGGGAACGGGUACGAAUGCUCCCUGUGUCGGCACAAGUUCUCUACCUACCUCUCCGCCGUCAUCCACGUGCACGUGGAGGACGCGUCGCACACGGAGUUCUUGUACCAAUGUCCAUCGCCUCGCGGGUGCGGGAAGAAGUUCCAGAAGUUCAGCGGGCUGGUCGGGCACGUCGAGAGCUUUGCGUGCGCCUUCUCGGACUUCAAGCCCGAAUUGGUGGAGAUGAUCGAGAAGGUUCCGUCGACCUUGCGGCGCACGUCGCUUUGA